CUCUAAACGCAGGUGGCGGGAAGAGGGGGGACAUGUGUCUUAUUUAACUUGUGGUAUCUCAGUGACAUUUCCUCUGGCAUUGAUGACUGAGUGUGACACUAAAAUAUUUCCUGUGGAUGCUGUCAAAAAUUCAGAAACAGUAGAAAUAAAACCAAGGAAUCACGGAAGUAGUAAUUAGUGAAGAUUCAAAGAGACAGUUCUCGAACCGGGAGCACUCAAACUAAUGAGGCUCAGGGGUAUAUUGUUAAAGCAGCUUAUACAGUGAGAAGGCAGUGGCUGCCUUCAUAGUGAUUGGUUAUAGGAUUAACAUUUUCUUAAAUGAUAGGGAAUUGAUUAGUUGUUAUCUCGGAUCAACCUUGGGAGAUGGUUUAAUUUUUCACUUAUGAUUUCCAGAGGCAUAAAUGAGAAACACCCCAGGUUAAGUUGGUUUUUACAAAACAAGCUAAAUUAAGCUUUGCUUGCUUGACUAAACUGGUUUUGUCUGCUCAGAGUUUUCAAGGCUAGUCUCUGUUUUUGAUUUUAACAGUGCCUAACUAUACUUCAGACUGACUAUACUUAAGACUGACCUGCUAUAGCUCAAUUUCUGAAGAUAUUUUAUAUUGAGAUAUCUUAAUAUUAAAUCAUGUUAUUUGGAGAAGGAAUUUAUGAGCGGUUUUUAAACAGUAUAUUCAAAGAAGUAAACCCCAGAUAGUAGGAGGAAAUGGUUAUAGAUUAUAUUCUUUCACAAAGUCAGAGUUAACCCUUGCUUUCAAUCUCAGCAAACCAGAUUCUGCACUGUUUGCAAGGCACUUUGCUAGGCUACAUGAAUACAGAGCUGAAGAGACUCAACCCCUUCCCUGUGGGAGAACCUUACAGUCUAGAGAAGGAGAACUGUAUAUCCUUGAAGUGAAGAAAUGUUUAUGAAGAUAAAGAAUUAGAAGUCCUUGGUUUACUCUACUUAAAUAUCUUUUAGUGAUAUGGCUAUUCCAAACUCCUUAGCAAGAUAAAGAAGACCCUGCCUGUCUUUCCAGCCUAGUCGUGGCUUCAGAAUUCUACAUUAGGAAGAGCAUAAAGUUGGCAGUCUGGAAAGAAAUUUGGAUCUCCAAUUCAAUUCUAGAAUGGCAUCUAUUUCAGCUCUAACUGAGGAAUUGGAUUCUAUAUCCAAUGAGCUACAUGCAGUAAAUGUUCAAAUUCAAGAACUUCUGGAAAGACAACAAGAGCUUACUCAGAAAAAAAACAUCCUAACAAACAGAAUAAAGCAGUGUUUAGAGGAUUCUGAUGCUGUGAAAAGCAGUGAAUGUGAUUCUUCCUCACCUGCCUCUUGGAAUAAAGAAGAUUUUCCAUGGUCUGAUAAAGUUAAAGAUGUUCUGCAAAAUGUCUUUAAAUUGGAGAUGUUCAGACUGCUUCAGCUUGAAACUAUUAAUGUAACAAUGUCUGGAAAGGAUAUAUUUCUUGUUAUGCCUACGGGAGGAGGAAAGAGCUUAUGUUACCAGUUACCAGCAUUAUGUUCAGACGGUUUUACACUUGUGAUUUGCCCAUUGAUCUCUCUUAUGGAAGACCAAUUAAUGGUUUUAAAACAAUUGGAAAUUUCAGCUACCAUGUUAAAUGCUUCUAGUUCUAAGGAGCAUGUGAAAUGGGUUCAUGCUGAAAUGGUAAAUAAAAACUCCAAGCUAAAGUUAAUUUACGUGACUCCAGAGAAAAUUGCAAAAAGCAAAAUGUUUAUGUCAAGGCUAGAAAAAGCCUAUGAAGCAAAGAGACUCACCCGAAUUGCUGUGGAUGAAGUUCACUGCUGUAGCCAGUGGGGUCAUGAUUUCAGACCUGAUUAUAAGGCACUUGGUAUCUUAAAGAGGCAAUUCCCUAACACAGCACUAAUUGGGCUGACUGCAACUGCAACAAAUCAUGUUCUGAAGGAUGCUCAGAAAAUAUUGUGUAUUGAAAAGUGUCUUACUUUUACAGCUUCCUUUAAUCGGCCAAAUCUUUAUUAUGAGGUUCGACAGAAGCCCUCAAACACUGAAGAUUUUAUUGAGGAUAUUGUAAAGCUCAUUAAUGGGAGAUAUAAUGGGCAAUCAGGAAUCAUAUAUUGUUUUUCUCAGAAGGACUCUGAGCAAGUUACGGUUAGUUUACAGAAACUGGGAAUUCAUGCAGGUGCAUACCAUGCCAAUAUGGAACCAGAAGAUAAGACCAAGGUCCAUAGAAGAUGGUCAGCCAAUGAAAUUCAGGUAGUGGUGGCAACGGUUGCAUUUGGUAUGGGAAUUGAUAAACCAGAUGUGAGGUUUGUCAUUCAUCAUUCAAUGAGUAAAUCUAUGGAAAAUUAUUACCAGGAGAGUGGACGUGCAGGUCGAGAUGACAUGAAAGCAGAUUGUAUUUUGUAUUAUGGCUUUGGAGAUAUAUUCAGAAUAAGUUCAAUGGUGGUGAUGGAAAAUGUGGGACAACAAAAGCUUUAUGAGAUGGUGUCAUACUGUCAAAACAUAAGCAAAUGUCGUCGUGUAUUGAUAGCGCAACAUUUUGAUGAAGUGUGGAACUCAGAAGCUUGUAACAAAAUGUGUGAUAAUUGCUGUAAAGACAUUUCAUUUGAAAGAAAGAAUGUAACAACCUACUGCAGAGAUCUAAUCAAGAUCCUGCAGCAGGCAGAGGAAAUGAAUGAAAAACUCACUCCACUGAAACUGAUUGAUUCUUGGACGGGCAAGGGUGCAUCCAAACUGAGAGUAGCAGGUGUUGCUCCUCCGGAACUUCCUCGUGAGGACCUGGAGAAAAUUAUUGCACACUUUCUUCUGCAGCAGUAUCUUAAAGAAGACUACAGUUUUACAGCCUAUGCCACCAUUUCAUAUUUGAAAAUAGGACCUAAAGCCAAUCUUCUGAACAAUGAGGCACAUGUUAUUACCAUGCAAGUAAAGAAGUCCACGCAGAGCUAUUUCAGGAUUGAGUCAUCUCAAAUUUGUCAUUCUGAAGAAGCUAAUAAAAAGAGGGAAGAAAAAAAUUCAGGUAACUUCCAGAAGAAGUCCGCAAACAUGCCUCAGCAAUCUAAGAAUACAGGGGCUAAGAAAAGAAAAAUUGAUGAUGCAUGAGACGAAUGUUUCUAAAUUUUACAAGAAAAAUACAGUUUAUGCAUGUAUGCACUAUUUUUAUAGUUAAUCAAGAGUUUAAAUUUUAAGAUAAUUUCAUUAAUAUUUAAUACAUGAGUAGCUAUAUUUUAAGAACUUCUAAAGUAUUAGCGACUUGAGAAUUUGAAACCUUUUGAAAAUUUAAGAGCAUGAAUUGUAUGAAUUCACAUAUGAGGGAAAGUAAACUUUUUAAAAUGUAAAAACCUUUAAAUGUAAACUAUUUAAGAGAAUAAGUUCAGUUAUCUUAAGCUCUUUAUGCUUUGAUAUACCUAGUUGUAUUUUUUUUCUUUUGACAGCAGUGUUAUUAUACUGAAAAAUUUACAUAGGCUCAUCACAGAAAGCGAGUGAUUUCAUGUUAUAUCAGAUGUGUAAUGCAAACAAAAAAGGAAUAAAGUAUCAAUACAAAUAAUAUUAGCAAGUAAGAUGGCUACUCUAUUUAAGUCAAAUAAAACUAUAAGCUUAAAACCAUAGCCUUAUUUUGACAUUUCACAAUCAAAAGAUGGCUCAGGUCUACUAGCCAGACCAAGUUAGGUUGUCGCCUAAAUAGGUAACAACCUAGCUAAAUUUGCUCCAAAGCUAAAUCACAAAUGAACGUGUCUAAGUUUAAAACAUAGAAAUGAAUAAGUGGUCAGUUUUGUGUUAGAAAAAAAUGUAUUGAUUUCAUCUUUAGACUUUUAUUUUUAAAUACUUUUCCACAAAAAUCAUUAUCAUGUCUGUAUUUUUAACUUCAUUGAGGUCAUCAUUAAAUCAGUGCAGUCAUUUACUUUA